AGUGUUUCGGACGCGGUCGCGUGUCGUGUGUUAACGUCGUGUGCCGUAACGCUAUUUUUUCCCCGGCAGUCGCGCGAGAAUCCGCAAACGCACGAAUCCCCGGGACACCCCCCCUCCCCCUACCCCCCAUUCGGGUCGUCGGACGACGGUUAAUCUAGUGGCGAGACGCGCGUACGACGCGCCGUGCGAUGUUCAUCAAGUGACGGUUCAUUCGGACGCGGUGAUAUUAUAUACACGGUGAUCCCCCUGAAUCCUCGGACCAAAAGUGCGGUGAGUGUCGGUUCGGUUUCGUUUCCUUUCGUUUCGUUUCCCCGAGUGUGUGCACCCGAGUAGUGCCCCUCAUCGUUCUUCAUCCCCCUCGCCCCUCCGAUGAGUGUGUGUGCGAAAUAAUAUUGAGAGAGAGAGAGAGAGAGAUAUUCAACGGCACAUCAUGUCGCUAUCACGGCGAAGAUUGGAUUACGCGUUCACGAUCGAACGAUCGUUGCCGCUGCUCGCGCUCCUGGCAUCUGUCAUCGUCGUCUGCCUGCCCGCGGUAUCCGGUUUCGUGUCGUGUUCGCCGAGCCCGUGCAAGAACGGAGGACUGUGCGUGUCGUCGCCGCGCGGCGAGUCGCAUUGCAAUUGCACGUCGAAAUACGUGGGGGAAUACUGUCAACACUUGAAUCCAUGCUACACGGGAUCGCGCUGUCAAAACGGGGGUUCGUGCAGGGUGCGCGAGAGCAUCAGGGGUGGCACGCCAUCCUUCGCGUGUUCCUGUCCCGUGGGCUUUACCGCCAGCCUGUGCGAAAUUCCUAUAGAAAAUGCCUGCGACUCCUCGCCCUGCCUCAACGGCGCCACGUGCAACCUCAAGUCGUUGCACGAGUACGUGUGCACGUGCAGCACCGGAUAUACAGGCGAGCACUGCGAGCGACAGGAUUACUGCGCCUCGUCGCCAUGUCGAAACGGGGCCGAGUGUCGCUCGCUUGAGAACGGCUACAAGUGCACGUGCGCACCGGGUUUCACGGGACCGAAUUGCACGGACGACAUCGACGAGUGUGACAGGGACCCGUGCAGACACGGUACCUGCAAGAAUAUUCACGGAUCUUACAAAUGCAUGUGCUCGAGCGGGUAUACGGGACAAAAUUGUGAGAGCGACUACAUCCCAUGCGAUCCGUCACCAUGUGAAAACGGAGGCUCGUGCCAUCAGCUGAGCGAGCUCGGCUACGCGUGUCACUGUCCCGAAGGCUUCCAAGGCGCCCACUGCGAGGAGAACAUCGACGAUUGUCCGGGCAAUCUCUGUCAAAAUGGUGCCACGUGUAUGGACCGGGUGAACGAGUACUCUUGCCUGUGUCCGCCGGCCUUCACGGGCACGCAAUGCGAACUGGACGUGGACGAGUGUUCCUUACGACCGAUCAUGUGUCACAACGGGGCGACGUGCACGAAUUCGCACGGCAGUUAUUCGUGCAUAUGCGUGAACGGCUGGACGGGACCCGAUUGCAGUGUCAACAUCGAUGAUUGUGCAGGUGCAGCCUGCUUCAACGGCGCCACCUGCAUCGAUCGCGUCGGCAGCUUCUAUUGCCAGUGCACCUAUGGAAAGACAGGGCUGCUCUGCCAUCUCGACGACGCUUGCGUGUCGAAUCCGUGUCACGCGGGCGCGAUCUGCGACACGAGCCCUAUCAACGGAUCCUUCACCUGUUCCUGCGCCACCGGAUAUAAAGGACUGGACUGCUCCGACGAUAUUGACGAGUGCGAGCAAGGCUCUCCCUGCGAGCACGACGGUAUCUGCGUGAACACACCCGGCUCCUUCGCCUGCAAUUGCACCCAAGGGUUCACCGGUCCACGAUGCGAGACGAACGUGAACGAGUGCGAGUCCCAUCCCUGCCAGAACGACGGUUCCUGCCUGGACGAUCCUGGGACCUUUCGAUGCGUCUGCAUGCCUGGUUUUACCGGCACCCAAUGCGAGAUCGAUAUAGACGAAUGCGCGGCGAGGCCGUGCCUGAACAACGGCAUCUGCACCGAUCUCAUCAACUCCUUCAAGUGCAGCUGCGCCGACGGCUUCGCCGGCUCCCAUUGCCAGAUCAACAUCGACGACUGCGCGUCGUCGCCGUGCAAGAACGGCGGUACCUGUCAGGACGGCAUAGCGAGGUACACGUGCGAAUGCCCGCCCGGCUUCACCGGCGCCUCCUGCGAGACCAACAUCAACGACUGCGCAUCGAAUCCUUGCCACAGCGGCACCUGCAUCGACGGCGAGAACAGCUUCGUCUGCAAUUGCUUCCCGGGCUUCACCGGCAAACUCUGCCAGACGCAGAUCGACGAGUGCGAGAGCAGUCCGUGCCAGUUCGGUGGUAGAUGCGAGGACCGCAUCAACGGCUAUCAAUGCAUCUGCCGGCCGGGAACGUCCGGUAUCAACUGCGAGGUCAACGUCAACGAGUGCUACAGCAAUCCGUGCCGGAACGCGGCCAGGUGCAUCGACGGUAUCAACAGAUACUCCUGCGAAUGCGAGCCCGGCUACACCGGCCAGCACUGCGAGACCGACAUAAACGAGUGCGCGAGCAAUCCAUGCGCGAACGGUGGCCGUUGCAUCGACCUGGUGAACAGCUUCAGAUGCGAGUGUCCGCGUGGCUACUACGACGCCAGGUGUCUGAGCGACGUGGACGAGUGCGCGAGCUCGCCCUGCCUGAACGGCGGCACUUGCGAGGACGGGGUGAACCAGUUCAUCUGCCACUGCCUGCCUGGUUAUGGGGGCAAGAGGUGCGAGGCGGACAUCGACGAGUGCGGCUCGAAUCCCUGCCAACACGGCGGCACGUGCAACGAUCAUCUCAACGGCUACAGCUGCAAGUGCCUGCCCGGCUACGCCGGGACCAACUGCGAGACCAACAUCGACGAUUGCGCCAAUAAUCCUUGUCAGAACGGCGGUUCCUGCAUCGAUCUCGUCAACGAUUACAAAUGCGUCUGCGAGCUGCCUCAUACUGGCAGAAAUUGCGAGGACAAACUGGACCCUUGCUCGCCGAACAAAUGUCUCCACGGAGCAAAGUGCUCGCCAUCGUCCAACUUCCUCGACUUUGCGUGUACGUGCACGGUCGGUUACACGGGCAGGCUGUGCGACGAGGACGUCGACGAAUGCGUGAUGACGUCGCCAUGCAGAAACGGUGCCACUUGCCGGAACACCAACGGCUCUUACCACUGCGUGUGCGCGAAGGGCUACGAGGGCCGUGAUUGCAUCAUCAAUACCGAUGACUGUGCAUCAUUUCCCUGUCAGAACGGCGGCACCUGCCUGGACGGCAUUGGCGAUUACACAUGCCUCUGCGUGGAUGGUUUCAGCGGCAAGCACUGCGAGAUCGAUAUCGAUGAAUGUCUGUCGCAGCCUUGUCGGAAUGGGGCGAUGUGUAAGGAAUAUGUCAAUUCUUACACGUGCCAAUGCCAGCGCGGUUUCUCUGGAAUCAAUUGCCAAACCAACGACGAAGACUGCACCGAAAGUAGCUGCAUGAAUGGCGGCAAUUGCAUCGACGGUAUCAACAACUACACAUGCGUCUGUAAACACGGCUACACCGGUUCCAACUGUCAAUAUCGUAUCAACGAAUGCGACAGUUCGCCUUGCCAAAAUGGCGCUACUUGUCACGAUCAUGUACAAUAUUAUACCUGUCAUUGUCCAUACGGCUAUACGGGUACGCAUUGCGACGCGUACGUGGACUGGUGCGCCGAUAGUCCGUGCGAGAAUCAGGCUACGUGCGUGCAAGUGAAGAACAAGUAUCACUGCAACUGCUCACCCGGAUGGACCGGCAAGGUAUGCGACGUGGAGAUGGUUUCGUGCAAGGACGCGGCGAUAAGGAAGGGCGUGGCGGAGAAGAAUCUCUGCAACAACGGCACCUGCGAGGAUAUAGGCAACAGUCACCGUUGUCAUUGCCUCGAAGGCUAUACCGGCUCGUACUGCCAAGAGGAGAUCAACGAGUGCGACUCGGCACCGUGUCAAAACGGCGCGACGUGCAAGGAUCUGGUCGGUUCGUAUCAGUGUCAAUGUACCAAGGGCUUCCAAGGUCAGAACUGCGAACUCAACGUCGACGAUUGCCAACCGAAUCCCUGUCAGAACGGCGGCACCUGUCACGAUCUGAUCAACAACUUCAGUUGCUCCUGCCCGCCCGGCACUCUCGGCUUCAUAUGCGAGAUUAACGUUGAUGACUGCGUGAUAGGCGCCUGUCAUAACAAUGGCACAUGUACCGACAAGGUGGGCGGUUUUGAGUGUAGAUGUCCGCCCGGUUUCGUCGGACCGAGAUGUGAGGGCGACAUCAAUGAGUGCCUGUCGAAUCCAUGUGCUUCGCCUGGUACUCAGGAUUGCGUGCAACUCGUCAACAAUUAUCACUGCAACUGCAAGCCCGGCUAUAUGGGUCGUCACUGCGAGAUCAAGGUGAAUUUCUGCGACAGCUCACCGUGCCAGAACGGUGGCGUGUGCACGGCUAAACAAGACAGGCACACGUGUAUCUGUCCCAGCGAUUAUCACGGUAUAAAUUGCGAGUUCGCCGGCUCCUAUUGCGACGCGGAGCCGUGUCAGAAUGGCGGCACGUGUCGCGUCACUGGAACCGGCUAUCGAUGCUACUGCACGCCAGGUACGACGGGCGCGCACUGCGAGUUCGAUGCUCGGGACGAAUGCAAAAGCAAUCCGUGCCAGCAAGACGCCCCUUGCGUUAAUAAGAUCGACGACUAUGCCUGCGAUUGUCCUCCCAAAUGGAUCGGCAAGAACUGCGAGAUCUACGAUCCGAAUUAUCCUGGCGGCGUGUUCGGUAUUCGACCCAAUGUCAAUGUCCCGAAAAUCUCGAACGCUUACGAUUACAAUACGGAGCGCGAGCGCAGAAAGUGUAUCGAGAAUCGCUGCGAGGAGAAAGCCGGCAAUAAUCACUGCGACGAGGAAUGCAACAAGCACGCGUGCAACUUUGACGGGCAGGAUUGCUCGCUUGGCAUCAAUCCCUGGCGUAAUUGUUCAGCACCUAUCAGAUGCUGGGAUGUAUUUAUGAAUGGCGUAUGCGAUGAGGUCUGCAACAACCCGCAGUGUCUCUUCGAUGGCAGAGAUUGCGAGCGAAAAGUCGCUCCUUGCAAUCCGGUUUACGACGCGUACUGUAAAAAACAUUACGCCAACGGUCAUUGCGAUUAUGGCUGCAACAACGAGGAAUGCAACUGGGACGGCCUCGACUGCGACAGGGAGCCACCGUCAUUGGCUAAAGGUGCCAUGUCCAUUGUCCUGGGGAUGGAUAUGCAGACCUUCCGCUCGAACGUCGUGACCUUUCUGCGCGAGCUUGGCAACGAAUUGAGAACGACGACACGCGUGAAGCAGGAUGAACUCGGCAACGACAUGAUAUAUCCUUGGAAACCCGAGAGAGAUCCCAACGCUCCCAGCAUAUUCGGCCGGCCGACGAUGAUCCAUACUAAUAAUCAAAACGGUGUGAUCAUCUAUCUAGAGAUUGAUAAUCGCAAAUGCAUCCCAACCUCUUCGAUGACGUCGACUUUGAGUUCUUCUCGUCGGGAUGCCACAGGAUGCUUUCCAUCAGCCACUGAGGCGGCCGAGUAUUUGGCCGCCACAGCGUCGAAGCAUACAUUGUUGCGAAACUUUCCCAUCGAGCAAGUGCGAGGUGUCGUGGAUCCUCAGAGUCCGGAGUAUCCCGACAGUCCAACAAAUUACAAGUAUGUUUUUAUCGGCGUGGUUAUCGUCGUGCUCGGCGGUCUUCUAAUGGGCGUGCUGGUGACCGCGCAACGAAAACGCGCCGUAGGAGUCACGUGGUUCCCCGAGGGCUUUUUGAGAACCAGCAGCGGCAGUGGACAACGGCGCCGUUCGCGUAGGCGCGGUCCGGACGGUCAGGAGAUGCGAAAUCUGAACAAGCAACCGUCAGUGAAUUGCAUGGACCUGGACGUAGUGACUGGUCGGGUGCAGUCCCAGUGGUCCGACGACGAGUCCGAUCUGCCGCCGUCGAAACGGAUGCGCGCGAUCGAGCCGGGUUACGCGAGCGAUCACACCGCCAUCACAGACUACGAGGAGACCGAGCCGCGCAUGUGGACGCAGCAGCAUCUGGACGCGGCCGAGAUCUGCCGACCGGAUGCUGGUGGUGUGCUGACGCCGCCCAGCCUGGAACACGGCCAGGACGUAAACGCGCGCGGUCCAUGCGGCAUGACGCCACUGAUGGUGGCGGCUGUGCGCGGCGGCGGUCUCGACACUGGCGAGGAAGAGGACGAGAACGAUGGCGCCGCGGCGAAGAUCGCCGAUCUAGUCGCCCAGGGCGCCGAUUUAAACGCCAAGACCACGGACAAGAGUGGCGAGACGUCGCUGCAUCUGGCCGCGCGUUAUGCUCGGUCCGACGCGACCAAGAGGCUCCUAGACGCCGGCGCCGAUGCGAAUUCACAGGAUAACACCGGCCGUACACCGCUACAUUCGGCCGUCGCGGCCGACGCCAUGGGUGUCUUUCAAAUUCUACUACGCAAUCGGGCGACGAAUCUGAAUGCUCGUAUGCACGACGGCACGACGCCAUUGAUAUUAGCGGCGCGUCUAGCCACCGAGGGCAUGGUCGAAGAUCUCAUCAACGCCGACGCCGACAUUAACGCCGCUGACAAUAGCGGCAAGACUGCGUUGCAUUGGGCUGCCGCGGUCAACAACGUCGAUGCCGUCAACAUACUAUUGGUGCAUGGCGCCAACAGAGAUGCUCAAGAUGACAAGGAUGAGACCCCGUUGUUCCUCGCCGCCCGCGAGGGCAGUUUCGAAGCGUGCAAAGCGCUGUUGGACACGUUCGCCAACAGGGAGAUUACUGAUCACAUGGAUCGGUUACCGCGCGACGUCGCCAGCGAAAGACUACAUCAUGAUAUCGUCAGACUACUUGACGAACACGUGCCGAGGUCGCCGCAGAUGGUGACAGUCAUUCCGAAUGGUCCUCUCAUGGGCUCUCCAAAUCAUCCACAAUUAAUCACGCAUCCCACAGUAAUCGGCUCGGCGCCGAAGCAGACCAAGUCAAAGAAGCGGCCAAAGGCGGGCGGUGCGGGAAACCCAAACAGUCCGGAAUCGGAGGGCGGCGUGGUGGUGAUGGUGAGGCGAAAACCAUCGGUGAAGAAGCCGCCGGCCAAGCGUGGCGCUCAGCCCCCAAACCAGGAGAUCCCGCAAGGAGCGGAGGGCGCCGACGGCAACUUGCCAACGAGUCCGUACGAUAGCGCGAGCCUCUACAGCAACGCGUUACCCCUAGUGGCUCAUACGGCAACGGCGAAACAGCCGCCGCCAUACGAGGAUUGCAUCAAGGGCCAGUCGAUGCAAGGCUUGCAACAACUCGGUCUCGACACCUUCGCGACCAAUUACGGGCUGCCAUUUCACGACCAGCUCCUAGCGCCGCAUCAGCGGCAGCAACAGGGUAUGGUGAAUACACUAUCGCCGCCGUAUAGCAAUCAAUCGCCGCCACAUUCGGUACAAUCCAACAUGACCCUCUCCCCACAAGCGAGUUACAUGGGCUCGCCGUCACCGGCGAAAAGUCGGCCGUCUUUACCCACCUCGCCCACCCACAUCGCCGCCAUGAGGCAGGCGACGCAUCAGAAACACGGCAGCAUGCCGCCAGUGGGAUUUGAUUUCGACAAUCUGCCAUACACCUCGAGUCAGGCGCAACAACAGCAGCAGCAACAGCAACAGCAGCAGCAGCAGCAACAACAAAUGCAGCAAACGCAACAACAGGUCCAGCAGCAACAACAACAGCAGCAGCCGCAACAACAGCAGCAAAGUACGCAACAGCAACAGCAGACGCAACAAUACUAUCAGUACUUGACACCGCCGUCUCAUCAUUCCGGACCUGAUGUCACGCCUCAGCAUCUCAUGCAGGCGCCCGAGAGCUUUCCGACACCGUCGCCAGACAGCCCGGGACACUGGUCCUCGAGCUCGCCUCAUUCAAACAGCGAUUGGUCCGAGUGCAUAGCAUCACCCACGAACGCCUACGGUGCCGGAGCCGGCGCUCACCAAAGCAAUAAGGGUUCCGAGGCGAUCUACAUAUGAGACUGGUGCAACGGUGCUCUCUUCCUCGCGCGAGUAAAUCAUAAAUCGUGAAAGAGAAGAGAAAGAAGAUAGGUAUACGAACUGUGAUCAGCUCGUCGUGAGUUCGAGCGUAUCUAUAAGUGUCGAAAUGGACGACUAAUAUAUGAUAACGAAGAGCUCUUUCGCCGGAAUUAAAUUAUAGCGGCAAGAAGGUAUUUUUUUUUGGUUUGUUGUGUGUGUCGGAAGAGCUACCACGGUGCUCGCGCGCCGCGAUUAUUAUUGUAUAUUUGUGCGUAUCAAUGUUAGAUUGAAUAAAUAAUUAUUCGCGGAUAAGUAUAAUUACGAAUACAAACUUGUAUUCGUCAUUAUAUAUUUAUAUUGUUAAUCAAUAGUUAUUAAUUGAUUAUUAAUCAAAUUCCCAAAUAUUUUUUGCUCGAUAUUG